AUGGAUAGUACUUUCACCCAACAAGAAGUGAGAGAACAAAAACAAACCCAACAACAACAUCAGAAGCAUUGUGCCCCUUUGGUGAGGCUCAGAAGGUCCACUAAUCCUAACCCGUUUUCCAUUCUGGUCUUCUGGGUGUCUAAAUCUCUUAGAAGUUUGUGUUUCAGAGUUCAACUCUCACAAGGGUUUUGCUUGAGGAGGAUUCAGUACCAUGGCAUGGUGAUUAACACCUCUGUCCUCUAUGCUUCUUCUUCUUCAUCUGCUUUUGUUGAAGGGAAAGCUGCUGCAAUGGAGAGUUUGAGUUUGGCUGAGAAGAGUGAGGUUAUUGAGGAAAGUAGAGGAAGUGAAAAUGGCGGUAAGAGAGAAACUUUUGCUGAUUUGAUUGAUGAAAAGGGUCGUGAGAGCAGUUUCAGCUCAGAUUUUCUGUCAUCUGAGACCACUCAUGAGGAUCACAGUAGGAGUAGCACUGAGGACUCAUCUUCACCACCUUCGGUGGGAUGGAAGGUUCAGGAAAUUGCUACAUCAGAUUGUGCCAGUCCUCACGGUAGUGAAUAUGGUGAUAAGAAGCACUUGGUUUUGGAGAAUAAGGCGUUUAAGAAACAAGUUUCAGCCUUACCAGGUAUUCAACGAGAGUUUUAUGCACAAAGUCUCCUUAUUUGUGUAAAAUGUACUUUAGGACUAUCAAGAUCUGGUUAA